AUGCAAAAGCAACAGAAUACAAAUCGUGAAAAUAUUCUACUUCAAGGUUUUCAUUCUAUUGUACGCAAUGAAACACCUGUACAAAUGAAUAAUAUUACUAUUACAAAAAAUCGUUUAAUUGAAGAAUUUUUCACUCUUGAUAAUUUACUUGAUUCCAAAUUGAAUAUGGAUAUCAUAUUGAAUGAGAAUCAAUUUCUUCCAUCAGAAUUGAAUGAAUAUGAAUAUUGGACAAUUGAAUGGUUACAAAAACAUUUAGAUGUUUUAACAGAAUUUGGACAAAUUCUUGUUAAAAAAAGUAGAACAUCUUCACUUCAUAUAGUCAUUGAAGAUAUACUACCGAUAACACGUUUAUGGAAUGGUUAUUUACAAGCUUGUUCAUUGUCACAUUUGAAUCAUGAAUUCAUUUAUGAUGAUGAUACCAAUGGGAAGAUGUUAAAAACGCAUUUCUAUUGGGAUAUGUAUAUUGUAUUGAAAAAACCAAGUCAAUAUCAAGUUAGACCGUAUUCAUUAAAUGAAAAACCGAUCACUUACAUUCCAAAUUACUUUUAUAUUGCUAUACCUUCAAUUAAUAGUGAAAAGACUGGACUACCUGGUGAAAUCUUGCUUGAGACAACAAAGAAGCAAGAUACCAAUGAUCAGUAUGAUUUGUUUCGAAGUUGUGAAAAUUUUGAUUUUAAAAAUCUAUCACAUCAUUGGAAUUUUAUUUCACCACAGAAAAUUUGUCAAUCAUUAUUUACUACACUGGUACCAGAGAUAUUAGAUUCAUCUUUGUUUAGUGAAGCGGGUGAAACAGGUUUGAAGGUGAUCAGUUGGAGAAGUUUAUUUGGAGAGGAUGUAGAUAAAGCAACUGCCUUGGGUUUUUAUCCUAUUGAGGUUAUAUUCGAUUCAAACACUUUAGGCAUCAAUCCACUAUAUUAUUCACCUGAAAUUUGGAAAAGUCAACAAAUUCAACGAGGUGGUAUUAUAACCCGUAGAAUACAACUCAGUAGAAGUAUGAAUCUUGUGUUAACACCUAAUAUUGAUUCAAAAUCAGAUAAAAGUUAUCAAUCAUCAACUAUAACACCGUCAACAUGGAUAAAAAUGAGAAUAUGCUUUUAUCCAGUCUAUUCAUUCAAUGAUUUACUUGCCAAUACAUCAAAAACUCUAAUCACAUCAUCAUCAUCAACAACAACAACAACAAGUCGAUAUACAUCAAUUUACUUGAAGCAUAAUUUUCUUAAACCAAUCAACACCUUGUGUAUAUAUCAAAAUGGAUUGAAUUUUUCAAAUUUACCUUUAUGGGAAAUAUCAAGUUGUCUAACAGAAGAGAAUCUAUUAACAACAAUUGAUAAUACUGAUCAUGGUAUACGUCGUAAAGCAUUGAGGUGCCUUAUAAAUCUUUGUAUAACAAGUGAUUACUAUACAAAUACAAAAUUGACAAAAGUAUUUACAAUAAGAAAUUUAAUUCAUACAUGUUUACAUUUAUUUCUUGAACAGUUAAAUCAAACUGUACAAGAUCAAUAUAAAAAUAUAUGUCAAAAUCAACAGAAAAUGAUUAUUAUCCCUUGGCAACAUAUUCAUUUCACUUAUAUAAUUAAUCAAUUAAUCAAUAAAAUGAUAAUUAUUCUUAAUGAACAAGAAUUAGCCUCAUUCACUAGUCCUGAAAGUAAUAUUUUCAAUGUGAAUAAUUAUUAUUUAAUGAAAGAGAAUAUGAAACAAUCAUAUUCUAUUCUGAAUACUUGGCUUCGUAGUCCAUCAGAAUUGAAGAAGAUUAUCCAGAAGUUGAAUGAAAAUCUACGUGAAUUGAUGAGUUAAAAUUAAAAAUUAUUUUAUUUAAUCAAAUUUUAUUUAUAUUUAAUCAGUCAAUAAACUUAUUAUUCAGUCUACCCAUUUUGUAUUUAUCAACUGACUAAUCAGAUGAACAAGACACACUUUCAUCACUUCAAUUUUAGUUUUAUGUGAGAGGCAUUCAAACUUGUCCGUGUAGCGAGUGAUACAGGAAGGAUACUUAUCUACUUCAAAUAGUUUCAUUGAAUAAUUUCUGAUGCAUAAUAACAUCAAAUUAGCUGCAAACAGGAUUCUUCUACAUACGCGAUUUUUUGACUCCUUUUGGAGUACACACUUACACCUCAUUUCACCAGAAUUCAAGCGGAAUGAACCACUUUUGCUUCAUGAAUCAACGUAGCAGUUCCAAGCGAUAAAAAUAAACAUUGUAAGACAUCAAGUCUCUGAGUUCGUUAUACUUUAAUGAAAUCAACAUUCACUGAAACUAACUACACUUUCUGAUAUCUUGGUCAAGUUCGUUAUUUAAACGACCUAAAUCAUCUCAAGAUACUUUUGAACAGGUAAUGAAUUGUAUUUAGUGAAAUCAUGCCAAAAACAAAAAACUAAUGAAGAUGAGUUUCAUCUGAUAUCUGAUGUUCCUUGGUUGACUGCAUCACUCAAUCGUUUCACAAGGUAAUUGAGAAGUAACGAAUAAGGGACUUCGGAAUUGAUCUAGUCAAAUCGCACAGUUAGCUUAACCAACUCACUAGUUAUCAUCCAGUGCUUUUUCAUAACACAAAUCAUGUCAGUUUGUUUCUGACUAAUUGUUGAGAACAGCCCUUUCAACUGUUAUCUUUCUCAUCUAUAUCAAAUCAAUCCCAUAUAUAUUACUCUUACUUAGCUAGCUAGUACUGAAACAUGUAUAGCUAGUCAACAUAUUCACUCCUCAGAUUACUCUCAGGCCUUUCACUUUACACAUUAUAAACUGUCAUAGUUAUUAUUAACAAUCAGUAGAAAUUGUAGCGUUAAAAGUUGAAUCUUGUAAAGAAUGAUGUUCCCAAAAACUUGAUUUUCAUCUUGCUUCUUGAGUUGAUAUACAUUAAUGAGGAGAAAUGAAGAUUUCAAAACUUAUCCUAUGCACACUGG